AGCGCGCUUGCGCAAGAGCAGUCGCCUGCCCUUCGACCGGAAAUCAGCCGCCCCUCCCACCUUCGACCGGAAAUCACUUCCUGGGACUUUUCACUGUGGGCUGCCUCUUCCAGCGUUUUUUUGGUGGCGUUUAUUUCAUGAUCUGAGCCCUUCUGGGGAGGUGAACCACCUGGGUGCUCGAUUUUAGCUUUGUUGACUUUGAAGAUUAGAUUGACAAAAAUUAAAAGGGAAAAACAGGAACUCCUCCGGUUCACUGGAUCUCGCGAGGUGGCCAAACAACUAUGAAAACAAAACGUCAGCGUUUGCAGUAUUACAUCCCUCACAGCCUCUCUUACAUAUUUGCCCCCAAUGCCUUUCCUCGAACUCAGAAACCAAAAGAUUUUAAGAUGGCAAAAUCACCUAAUAAUAGCCUAGCUAUUAGUUUAGCAUUUGCUGUGGAAAUAUGUCAGCAGACGAGGAAAAAUGUCUUAGGAUUCCUUUUUAAAAUUCGAACUUGUGAUUUUUAAAGUUCCUUAAAAGAAAAGCUAGAACUUAAUUUUUCAAUAACUGAAAUGCUGAUAUGACAGAAAGUGGGUGGCUAUAAACUGGAAUUUGUUCAAUUAACAUUUACCACGAUACUUAAGGGACUAACCCAGUCCUCAAUGAACUCAACGUCUGGUACUAUUGGCCUGAUUAUCCCUAAUGGCGCAUAUCUGAAUAAUUUUUAAAUGCACGUGUAAGCUUUCAUGACGAUUUAAUCACAAGUUUAACAAAAUUCAGCACAGUGCUCUAAGCAGGGAAAAUGUUUCUGGCAUGUUCCAAGCCCGAAGGGACUCUGGAAGUAGGGUUUGAUUCCCAAGCUGGCCCCUUUAUACCCCUAACGCCUAUCCCUCCAACCCCCAUCUGCCAUCCUAACGGAGUCAAUAAAGGGAUCGGCCCAACUCGUCCACUAGAGCAGUCCCCUUCAUCGUGAGUCAAGCCUUCUUAAUUAUAAUGUGGUCAGUCCGCAGGUAGAGUGGUUACCAAUGACACAGGAGCUGAGCUUCCAAAAAUUUAUUGAACAAUCUGACUUACUAGGAGAACUUAAAUAUGACUUCAAUGAAAAAGAUGAAUUCAGACACACUGAGACACAAAGGCCUUUUGUCUUUAACUAUUAUGAAAAUGUCCUUGAGAAAAAUAGCAAGCGCUACCAGGCCCUUGGCCAUUUGCUUGAACAAUACAUUUAUGAGCUUUUGGAGAAAGUGUGCAAAUUAGAAAAAGUAUAUAUCCCAUCUGAGGCUGAUAAAGAAGAACCAAGAAGCUUCUUUUUCAUGAGCGAGAAAGCAUUAACAAAUCACCAUUCUGCUCUUCUUAUCCUUCUUCAAGACCAUGGGGUCUUUCGAGCUGGUCAGUGGAGUCAACAGGCAAUAAUACAUCAUGGUCUCCAACAUGGAAGUCAGAUACCAUGUAUUCAAAUGGCAUUGCAGGCACACUAUGAUGUAAUUGUGCUAAACCCCAAUGAUAAUUUUGUGGAACCAAAGGUGGAAAAAGAGUGGAAAGGCCUUUUAACACAAAAUAUUGAGUCAUCUUCUCUAAAAAUGGUUCAAGGUGGGAGCUUUUUCUCUCUCCAGCAUCCUCCCAAAUGCAUUCCAAAAAGAUGCAGCAACACUCCCGAAGAACACACGGCUUAUAUAUGGGAUUACUUCAUUUCAAAGACUGAAGGCAAGGAUAUUGCCUUCAUUGUACAUGGUUAUGGAGGCUUGGUUUUUAUGGACUUGCUUGUUCAUAGAAGGUGGGAGGUGAUGAGCAAAGUAUAUGCUGUUGCACUUAUCGACUCUGAACAUCAUGUAGGACACCAGCUGGGAAGUGAUGUACAAUUAUUAGCAUGGAUAAAGCACCACUGCCGUGAAUGGGUGACAAGUCCUAAGCCUUUGGAUAAACCUGCAGCUACUGUUUUCAAAAAGGAAUUUCCUAUGGUUUCUGCUGGUACAGAAAAGUACAGCUUAGCCCCUUCCUCUAGCCUUCAGUCAAUUUUUAAGUACUUUAAAAAAGCUUUAAAAGCCAGAACAACCAUUAAUUUCUCUCGAAUGCCAAUAGUGACUAGAAGCUCUACAAAAAGAAAGCAAAGUGCUUAAACUACUUUUGUCAUCUAAGAUUUUUUUGUCCUUCUGCAACUUUGCUAAUACAGAUUCUGGAAGAAAAAAGAACACUUUCAACUCACACACAAUAUGAUGUUCUGGCUUGAGGUUUGAUUUGUUACUUUUUAUUAUUUGGUUUUUAUGAGGCAGGGUCUGACUUUGCUGCCCAGGGUGGUAUGGAAAUCUGGCCUCAAGCAAACCUCCCACCUCAGCCUCCCAAAGUGCUGAGAUUAUAGGCAUUAGCCACUGCACAUGGCCAUGGCCAGGUUUGUUGCUUUUUUUUUUUUGGCGGAGGAGGAGGAGGAGUCUCUGUCACCCAGGUUGGAGUGCAGUGGCACCAUCUCAGCUCACUGCAACCUCCACCUCCCGGUUUCAAGCAGUUCUCCUGCCUCAGCCUCCCAAGUAUCUGGGACUACAGGCACAUGCCACCACGCCCAGCUAAUUUUUGUAUUUUUACUAGAGACAGGCUGUUCUCCAGGCUGGUCUAGGACUCCUGACCUCAGGUGAUCCACCCACCUUGGCCUCCCAAAGUGCUGGGCUUACAGGCAUAAGCCACUGCACCUGGCCAUUUUGUUGUUUUUUUGAAAAGUGAACAUAUUCUCUUUUGUAGCCUGUUGAUGAACUGGGAAUUCAGUGUCAUCAUUAAUAUUUUACAGUGUUAGUUAAGUGUGAAGAUCUUUCUUUUAAAAAGCUGUGGUUUGAUAUAAUGACAGCAAAAUGGCAAUUGAUAAAAAUUAGAUAUUGAAUCAAUCUUUGAUUUCUAUAAUAAUACCAUAGUAAAAUUACAAGUGAACAUAAAAAUUAAACAUCAUAAGCAAACUGCAUUCUUUGUAUGUUUGUGUUUUUUGUUAAAAUUUGUUGUACUCCCUGUUCAUCAGGUCUGAAGAAAAAUAAAUUUUAAAU